AUGGAAGAAUAAUUAAAAAAAAUCGACAUACUCAUCAAGAAGCAGAACUUUUAGAAAAGUAUUAAAAAACUUGAAGAACUCCAAAAUCAACUCAACCAAAGGAUCAUAAAUCCAGAGGAAAUAUUAGAAGAAGACCAAAUUUUAUAAAGCAAUAUUUAUGAGAGGUUUGCAACAAUUUUCAUAGAUAUUAACUAAGUUUAUAGAGCAAUGUAAUACUUGAUAAAGAUGAUAAAAAUAGAGAAAGACAUUUGUAAAACCUCAAAUAAUAAGGAUAGCAUUUUGAGACUCUGUAAUUCAUACGCAAAAAUAGGAAGAUGUUGUUUCUAUUGUUGCUAUUAUGAAUAGACAUUCAAAUAUUUGGAUUAUGCUCAAUAAUUACUCUAAGAAAAUAAUCUAACUAAUACAGGAGUUUACGCAUUAACUUUAACAUAGUUGGGAAAUUAUUAUAGAUUCAUGUUUCAAGACGAUUUGGCAGAAUAAAUGUUAAGUGAGAGUAUCAAAAUUAGGGAAGAGCUAUAUUCAAAGGAUUCUAUAGAAGUGGCUGAUUCAGUACAUGGACUGGCAUAAUUAUUCUCAGAUGAAGGAAAAAUUCAAGAUGCCAUGCUCUAAAUUAACUAAGCCAUAUCUAUUUUGACUAAUGUGUUAGGUUAUGAACAUAUCAAAACUGCUAAAUCAAUUUACCUUAAAGGAAAUUUAUAUCUUAGAAUGAAAUCCACUUAAGAAAAUUUAGAAAAAGCAGAAUAAUUGAUAAAUCAAAGUCUUCAAAUUAACAUAAAAAUUAUGGGAAAUUCAUCAUAAGAUAUUGCUGAUUGCUAUCAUUCAUUGGGUAAAAUUAAGGCUUAUAACAAAUGUUCAAAUGAAUUUGAAGUGUAUUUUUAAAAGUCAUUGGAAAUUUUGCAGGAAUUGUAUGGCUAGAGUCAUGCAAGCAUAGCAAUAAUAUUAAACAAUUUUGGAAGAUCAUAUUAUGAGAGAAAAUAGUAUGAAGAAGCUGUAAAUUGUUUUUAAGAAUCUAUAAAAAUUUAUACUUAAUUAUGUGGGGAUAUGCAUGGAAAUUUAGCAAUUACUUUAAAAAAUUGUGCUGAUUGUCAUAAGGAAUUGGGACGUUUUAAGCAAGCUUACAAUGAUUAUUCAAAGUCAUUGGAGAUUUACAAAAAAAUGCAAAUUAAUCAACAACAGGUGAAUUCAAUUCAAAAUUAAAUGAUCUAAAUCUCUGAGAAGUUUUUAGAAGAUUGA